UGAGAAAAGUGGUGCUGGCCUGGUGGCGGGGGGAGAAGGCAGCCUGCGAAACGGCCAGGAGAAGGAAGCUUGAACAGGAGACAGCAAAGCAGACAGAGCGAAAAAACAAACCAUUCAGUAGGUGCUGCCUCAUUUCCAAUGUUCCAUCUUUCACUUGCAGUCAUCAGUGGGACCUGUUUGUGUACGUGUCUAGAACUGGAGCUAGAAGUGGCCGUCUGCUUCAUAUUCCACUGAAAAAACAAAGAAAGUGGACGUCAUGGAAGCUGAAGGCACCAAGGAGCAGGGGGAGGCCCAGAAGAGUGAUGACCUAGGGCAGACAGAAAACUCAGGGGAGGCUCAGGCAGAAGCUCAGACAGAGGUAGGGAAAGCAGAGGCCGCUGAGAAUGAGGCUAAGGGAGAAAGUGAGGCAGGGAAAGAAGAGGCUGCUGGGAAUGAGGCUAAGGGAGAAAGUGAGGCAGGGAAAGAAGAGGCUGCUGGGAAUGAGGCUAAGGGAGAAAGUGAGGCAGGGAAAGCAGAGGCCGCUGGGAAUGAGGCUAAGGGAGAAAGUGAGGCAGGGAAAGAAGAGGCUGCUGGGAAUGAGGCUAAGGGAGAAAGUGAGGCAGGGAAAGCAGAGGCCGCUGGGAAUGAGGCUAAGGGAGAAAGUGAGGCAGGGAAAGCAGAGGCCGCUGGGAAUGAGGCUAAGGGAGAAAGUGAGGCAGGGAAAGCAGAGGCCGCUGGGAAUGAGGCUAAGGGAGAAAGUGAGGCAGGGAAAGCAGAGGCCGCUGGGAAUGAGGUGAAGGGAGAGGGUGAGGCAGGGAAAAUUGAGGCUGCUGGGGGUGAUGUGAAGAGAGAAAAUGAACCAACAGGAAAAGCUUUGGGUGAUGAGGAGGGACAGGAACCUGAAAUUACAGAGAAAGUGAAGGGAGAAAGGGAAAUCAGCCAAGGAGGCCAGGCAGAGAUUGAAGAUAAGGUGGCUGUGGGUGUAUCUGGAACAGAGCCCAAGGAAGAAGCUUAUAGAAACCUAGAAGAACUGCAGAAGGAAGAAGCAGCUGACACCUUGGAAAAUAAUUCCAGCAUCCUCCGCAGUGAGGGCCGAACAGGCAGCACUUCAGAUGAACCCCUCUCACCAGAGCCAGGGGAUGAAGAAGAGUACUGGCCAGAAUUCUCUGCAAACUCUCCCGAGGAAGGCCCAGAAAGUCCCACAGGAUUCAAAAGUUUGGAGAAAGGUGGCACCACUUCAGGCACAACAGCUGCAGAAACUGCUACUGGGAACACUACCAGCACUGAAGCAGCCUCUCAAGGGAAUCAAGAGCAGCACCCUGCAGCUGAGGGAACAGCCCCUGCUAAGGAGAAAAAGAAGAGGCCUGUAUUUGACCGAAGGGAGCUAACCAGACCACGUAUGCCACCCAGAGCUCAGUCCCGCAAAGCCAUUGUGGAGAAGUUUGGAGGGGCAGCAAGUGGUCCUGCCCCCAAUAUUAAGAGGAUGGGAGGUGCAAACACUGUGAAGAACAUGUUGCUGGAGUGGUGCAGGGCCAAGACUCGUGGUUAUGAGCAUGUGGACAUUCAAAACUUUUCCUCUAGCUGGAGCAGCGGGCUGGCCUUUUGUGCUCUCAUCCACAAAUUCUUCCCAGAUGCUUUCGACUAUGCUGCUCUUGACCCUGCAAAGCGCAGAGAAAAUUUUGCCCUGGCCUUCUCCACUGCCGAGAAGCUUGCAGACUGUGCUCAGCUUUUGGAUGUGGAGGAUAUGGUGCAUAUGAGUGUCCCUGAUGCCAAAUGCAUCUACACCUAUAUCCAGGAGCUUUAUCGCAGCCUGGUACAGAAAGGACUGGUGAAGACAAAGAAGCAGUGAAAAGCGAUGGCAGGUUUAUACCAGCCAGCCAGCUGGAAACUACAGAGGAAAGUUUGGGACAGAAUACGUCCUGGGUGAAGCCCUGUCUCCAUUCUGUGAUUUCCUGCACACAGCACUAGACUGAACAGCAGUAGAUUUUCCCCUGUUGUGCUGAAGUCUAGAACACAGACACUUGAUCAGUAUAUAUGCCUCUGAGAUACUUAGGGAAGAGAUUUCCUGGUAUCACCUUCAUGACAGAGGCAAUAAUCUCCAAGUCUGACUUCCAUGAAAGCAAAAAUGACAUCUGUUCCAAGCAGACACAUCUUAGAAUGAGCAAAUCCUCUUCUGCAGCAGCCUAUCCUCCCAGCACUGCUUCUUACAGAACACUUGUAUCUAUUAAAGCAAAAAUGUUGUGAACCAAA